AUGACUUGGAAAAGUUCCUCCACGUCCUCGUCAAAGGCGAGCUCGCUGUUCGGUCUAGACGAGGACGACACAUCCAAAAUAUUGGUUUACAAGUAUCGCUCGGGCUCAAAAGCGCUCGAGGUGUCGUCACAGCAUGAUCUGUGUAAGGCUUUAGACCACGAUCCCAACCUAGAGUAUAUGCGCGUCACCAAGAAGCCCAUCCCGAGAGGCAACAGCAGGUUAGAGGUCUUCGGCGAGGAUCUCAUGAUGCCUGAGGACCAAAAGAAGUACGCCGAGAAGCCGACACUGAAGUCCUCUCUCGCCAACGUCGGGCUCCCUUCCACCGCCUACUGGAAACGACUGCUGUUCAACUCCUUUCCCGAACUAUAUAUCGUUUCGAAGUCGAUAUCCCCUAGUAAUUCUCCCAACAACUCUCCCGAGAACUCUCAGCACGUCAGCCCUUCGACGACGUUCCCCGUGGACAACGCGCAUCCCUUACAGGACCCGCAGGCGUCGUAG